AUGCUGAAAACUUUCCAGGAGUCCGACUUUAUCCAGAAUCUUGUGGGUUAUGUCAUCCGCGCGGCCCUAGGCACCGGAAUGGCCGUGGUGAUGGCCGCGGUGGGAGUUGUCCUGGCGAGAAUGGGCUUGCUUCUCUUCGGCCUGACCUCCUGGAAUGCCUGGCUGGCAAUGCUGGUUGUCGGGGCAGGAGUGGGCGCAGGACUGGGAAGCGGUACCGCCUGGCUCUGGUUGAAAGGAAUGGGGAGCGCCUCAACCGCGUCGUGUCUUCUCCCUUCAACUAUUUGGCCCUUCUGCUGCCGCCCACGGGAGAGUAGCGGAAGCUGGCUGGCCUAUCAAUAUGGGGCCGGGGUGAAGCCUGAAUGCUGCGCUUCUCCUGAAAUGGGCCCCAUUGCCUACGCCAUUGUGGGGGCAGUUCUGGCUUCAAGUGGAACUGCCUUGGUGUCCGGAGUUGUCGGCCAGAAUAUCGGGCGUGCAUUACGUUCUCGGCAAGGCGCCGCACGGGUUCCCAUUCCGGGGGCCCCACCGGAAUUGAACAGCAAGUAA